AUGAAUACAUUCCCAAGCAACGCCACCAACUAUAGAAAUCGAACUUUAAAUAGCUCGGGAAAAAACACAAAUAUAAAUUAUAAGAUUAACUCAUAUAUAAAUAAAAACUGGAUAUUCUGCCCGGCAUGUAGUUUACCAUUUAACACAAAACUUCGAAUAAAUCCAUGUUAUCAUAUUGUUUGUGGAAAAUGCUAUGAAAUAUCUUUACAGAAAAAUCAGAGUUGUAUAAUAUGCAAUUCAGAAAUAAACGAUGUUGACUUUAUAUUUCAAAAUGACAAUAUAUAUAUAUGUCCAUAUGAUUUUUGCAAAAAAGGAUAUUUAAAUUUGAAAAGUUAUAAUUAUCAUAUUUAUUUUAAACAUGAAUUUCUAAAGGAACAUGGUCAAGACUACGAAUUAAAUUGUCAUAAAGAAAAUAACAACUUAUUCCCAAUGAACAAUGAAUUUGUAAAAGAUUAUUUUGUUAAUUAUGUGAAUGCAACUGAGCUUGAAAACAAAACGGCAACUGACUUUGCAAACAAUUUAAAUAAUAUAAAAAACAAUUCAUUCCUUAUAAAGAAUAAUACAACAAACAAAACCUCUAGUGAAAAUAUACAAACUAAUAUUAACAAUAAAAUGAAUAUGCCUUUCAUAAAUAGUAAAGUAAAUGUCCCCGAUAACUGGAACUUUACAUCUAUGCCAUUUAGAUCGAACUUUAACUUAUAUUCAAACGAAAAAUAUAACACAAAUAAUGUAAAUACAAAAAAAAAUAAUGAACCCCAAGAAGAAGAUGACUAUGAUAAUUUAGAAGAUUUAAUGUAA